CGCGGUGGUGAGCCAAGGGUGAGAUUCCUUCCCAAGCGAAGGACAAACGGGAGUAGCGGCACAGACUUGUUUCACUUCUAUCGAAUUUUUGUUAGCGCGAACUGUGAGCCGAGCGGGCACAGGUCGUGAGGCAUGAGGGCCUGGUUGCUAUGGUUGUUUCUUCUGUUGGUCGUCUUAGCCGAUAGGAGCUUCGCUAAUCCUUACUUCGAUGAUGGUGAAGAUGUAAACGAUCUUCAAGCUGACGACUCUUCGGAUUAUACAGACACUUUGGAAAAUCUGAUGCGAGUGGCACAAAAACGUACCUCGUCGAUAAACUUGUUUAGGCGGGCUUGCAUAAGGCGUGGCGGCGAUUGUUACCACCGACGGAAGGACUGCUGCUACAGUUCUAGCUGCCGCUGCAAUCUCUGGGGUUCUAAUUGCAAGUGUCAACGGAUGGGUCUCUUUCAGAAGUGGGGCUAAACGAUAUCCUCCCUUUUUCUCCUUUUGCCAUAAAUCUAAUUUCUACACGUCUUGUUUCUUACAUAUUUUCUUUUCUUUUCUAUUUACUCUCCCAAUCCUUUUUGAAAGUCUAUCCCAACGAUAAUAUCUCUUAAGUAUAUUUGAACGAUUCUCCCAUAUAACUUAAACAUCUCGAUAUAUCUGUCUCGUGGGAAUUCCACGAGGAAUUCCACGUUUUCAAGUUUUGCGGUUUGCAUUCUUGAUUAAAACGAAGGCCUCGAUAAUACGCUUUGACAUCUUGCUUUUGUGUAUUUGUUAGAUUCUUUAGAGAGAGAGAGAGAGAGAGAGAGAGAGAGAGAGAGAGAGAGAGAGAAAUAAAGAGAGAAAUGAUUCUUCAAGCUUGUGAUAUCAUAAUUGGCAAUAGCUUGCAAAAUGUUACUCGCUCGGAAACUAUUUACAUUCUUCUAUAAUAUCUAUAGAUCCAGUCUCCCAAUGCAGUUUCCCAAUGCAGUUCAUGACUACCUCUCUCACGAUAUUCGAUGCUCGGGA